AUGGCCGACGUCAAGCGUUACGAUGUAAUCGUUGUUGGAGGUGGCAACGCUGCGCUUUGUGCCGCACUUUCUGCUCACGAAUCUGGGGCAAAGACAGUCGUUCUCGAAGCGGCGCCAAAGGAGCUUCGUGGUGGCAACAGCCGAUUCGCCUCGGCGUGCUUUCGAGUCGUUCACAACGGUAUGCAGGACAUCGAGCCGCUCAUUCACCCAGACAACAAGUAUUUGGUCAAAAGAGCACGACUAGCCCCUUUCACCAAGGACCGGUAUCGGAAAGAGUUUCAGGAGACGUCCAAGGGCCACCAUGACAAAGCGAUCAUGGGGACUCUUAUCGACAACUCGCUUGACACUGUGUACUGGAUGCGCGACAAGGGCGUCAGAUGGACCAUCGCCCUGAGCAAGUUCUUCACCGAAGAGCAGAUCACACGGGACGUGGUGGACAUCAACCCGGGCUUGUGUCUCAUGGCACAAGACGAGGGGAUCGGCUUGACGGACAACCUUUGGGCUGCGGUGGAGAAGACUUCGAUUGAUGUCUACUACGGCUCUCCGGCAUGCGACUUGAUCGCCAAAGGUGACACGAUCCAAGGCGUGCGAGUUCGAGGAAGUUCUCAGUUCAUCGACUUCUACGGAAAUGUCAUCCUCGGUUGUGGAGGGUUCGAAGCCUCUCCCCGUCUCAGGCGUCAAUAUCUGGGCGAGGGCUGGGACCUUGUCUGCGUCCGAGGAACGCGGUACAAUACGGGGACCAUGCUGGAGAAGGCCAUUGCAGCCGGCGCCGGGGCCGCAGGUCAUUGGGGCGGCUGCCACGCCGUUCCCAUGGACAUCAACUCCCCCGCCGUUGGCGACUUGCGGCUCACCGACAAAAUGAGCCGCUACUCGUACCCCUUUGCAAUCAUGGUUAAUAAGGAAGGCAAACGGUUCAUGGAUGAGGGCAGGGACACGUUCGAGCUGACAUACGCCGCGACCGGGGAUCUGAUCGGCAAGCAAACCGAUUCGACCGCGUUCCAGAUUUUCGACCAGAAAUCCCUCAUCACGUUGGAACCAAGGUACUCUACCGGCAAGCCGGUAGAGGCUGAGACCCUCGCGGAGCUCGGCACAAAGUUGGGUCUUAACGUGCGUGAAUUUCUCAAGACGGUCGAGGAAUUCAACGCCGCCGUUCCCGAUUCCCCGGCGUGGGAUCCAUUCCACAAGGAUGGCAGAUCAACGGGCGACAAGCUGGCGAUCCCGAAGACGAACUGGGCUCAAACCGUCGACCAGGGCCCGUUUGUGGCAUACGUCGUCACUUGCGGUAUCACUUUCACCUAUGGAGGACUGAAGACGGACGCACGCGCCCACGUCUUGAACCACGAGGGAAACAGGAUGCCUGGUCUCUGGGCCGUGGGAGAGAUCAGCGGAGGUCUGUUUGCGUACAACUAUCCCGGAGCUUCGGGACUCGUCAAAGGCUCGGUCUUUGGCAAGAUUGCCGGUGCUGCAGCGGCAGAACAGGCCCUCCAAAGCCCAGUUCAGACACGUCUAUAGAUAGGCCAGUGAGCGUACGGAGGGCGUGACCCGGUCUUUGAUAUCAGUUGAGAUGUUUCUAG